AUGAAAUCAUGCACAACAUAUUGCAAGAGAGUUUUCAACUCAUUCGACCAGGACAGAGAUGGCAAGAUAACUCCCUCGCAGCGGCAGAGCUGCCUAGCGAUGAUGGGCGGCGGGCUGUCGGCCGAGGAGGCGGAGAUGGUGGCUCAGCCUCUCCUCUCCGGUGGGCUGGUAGGGCUGGCCGAGUUUGCCAGUUUAGUGGAGGGCGACGACGAAGAGGAGAAGAAGAGGGAAGACUUGAGAAAGGCGUUUGAGAUGUAUAAGAAUGAAGGGGAAGAAUGCAUUACUCCAAGAAGCCUGAAAAAUAUGUUGGGGAGAUUGGAGUGUGGAUGA